AUGCUGAGUAGCAGUAGUAACAGACCUAUAUCCGCCCAUCUAACCAUUCAUUACAAGCCUAUUCAGGAGGAAGAGGAAGAGGAGAUGAGAAGCGGCGCCAGAGGGGGUAGCCAUCAUGACGACUAUUUUCUAGAGAGUAAUAGAUCUCCCACCCCCAAUAGGAAACAUGAGUUCAUUAAAACGGUGCUCAAUAUCAAUGAUAACGACUCUGAAUUUUCGGAAUCGUGCUCGCCAAGAGAGAAGUUGCAUACUGGAGGGGCCUGUAAUACAGACCUGUUUGGGGACUUCGUGUCUAAAAAACAGCAGAGGCUGUCCAAUUCUAUGAACAUUUACGACCUUUAUCAAUGUGUACAUAAUCUGUCGCCUAGCAGCGAUAACCAUCAGUUCAUAGCAAGAAGGUUCAGCGAGUCUCAUAUUCCCUCCUUGCAUCAUCGCCAGCAGCAACAAGUGACAACGGCGAAAAACUUUGUUCAGUCCACGAAAGACAUUCAAAGGAUCGCUUCAUACGCUGCGGAUUCAGAUCAGAGAGUCAAGUAUUUACCGAACUAUCACCAGUCUGCUCCUUCUACCGCCUUAUCAGCAGCUGAGUCGAGAGCGGCAGAACCAAGAAAACUCCCUGACGGCGACAGUACACAAAAUUACAUACUAAAACUGCAACUCUCGUCGUCCAACUCUCAGCCAAUAUCACCGAGGACUCGCUCCGUCUUCCGCCCUUCUUGCUCUUCUUCUAACUGCUCGUCAUCUUCCUCAUCAUCAGCAUGUUCAUCUAUUUCCAUCUCAGAUCCGAACAACAUAACAGCAUACGAAACGAAUAAUGUCAGCCCUCAGUUCCCUAAUGACCAGCCCUUAGAUAUUUCUAGUCCUUGUGCAAGGCAUCACCAUAGAAGAAACUCUAUUGCUGUAAAAUUUGACAAGGCUUUAUAUAAAAAAACAACAAGAUAG